AUGGCGUUGCAGGGCGCCGCCGUGGGCGCCUCUGCAGCGCUGGGCUGUGGGACCAUCGGCCUCGCCGUGUAUUCCAACAUCGCAUCCUACCUGGCCCAGCGGGAACGCCCUGCGGAGGAGGAAGCACCUGACUGCUCCAUGCAGAUCAUUGCCACCGUCGGCAGUGUGAGCCGGCAGGUCUUUGGUGCGCCGGGCUUGGUACGCGCGGCCUACACGGAUCCUGUGGAAGAACUGAGGAAGGCCACGGCAGGGAACGAGAAGUUCGCCAGCGCCGAGUUCUCUGUCGCAGGCCAGGCCUUGGAAAGUGGCUAUGCUUGUUUCAACGGUGAGGUGAUCCGAGCCGGGCCCAGCUUCGAGCUUUGCUCGCCCAUCGUGGCGCUGGGCGGCGCCAAGGUGCAGAGGGACGGGAAGACCGUCACGGUCCUGCCGAAGCAGACUCCCAGCCUGUUGAUCCAGCUCCCGAGUGAGGCAGAGGCUGAAAACUGGGACAAGUGGCUGCAGACGGCCACGAAGAAAGAAAAUCCCAUCCAACGCUUGCACGACGUGCUCACCGAGGCGCAUGAUUUGGAGAAGCACCUCUCAGACAUGCACAACCAGAUGAAGAGGCACAAGACCAAGGCGCCGCACCACGGCCACGGCCAUCACGGCGAGCCUUCGCCCGCGGCCUCCACACCGGUGUCGCCCGCAGCGGGCGAUGCCGCGGCGCGUCCGGAAGUGCCUGGUAUGCCUGAGAUGAUCGAAGAGAUGAAGCAGCAGCUGAUGUUGAAGGAGAGCGUGGAAGCAGCACUGCAACAGAAAAUCAGCUACAUGGAGCUCCAACUUCGGCAGAAGGACCAGGAGAUUGACUACUUCAAGGCACAACUGGAAGUGGCACGUGCCAACUUGAAGACAGCCGAGGGACCCAGUGCGGACCAGCUGAAGCGCACGGAGGAGGCUCUGGUGCAGGAGCGUGGGAAUGCAGUGGCUCAGGCCAAAGCCUUGGCGGAGCUGCAGGUGCAGUUCAAGCGCCUGCAGGACCAGCCUAGCCAGCAUGAAGCCAUAUCUCGAGCACAACAGGAAGAACUGAUGCAGCUGAGAGGGGAGCUACGACGCUUGGAGGAGGAACGCAACUCUGCGCGCAUGAGCCUGGCCAAUCAGGCGCUGCAGCUCUCUGCGUCCAGCGAGGAGCAGGAACACCUUCGCCAGGCACUUCUGGCAGCUCAGGCAGAGAUCAGCUGCCACAAAGAGCUCCUGGAGUCGAGGCAAAGGGAGCUACUGGAGGCCAAGCGCAACGCCCCCACCCCGCGGGACCAUUCGGAAGCGCAGUCAACUCCAACUUCGAAGCUCUCGCACUCCGAACUGCAGGUGCUCCGGACCCACAUGCAGUCAGCCGUGCGGCGGGCUUUGGAGGGUGCAGAGCAGGGGGCUCCAGAGUACCAGCAGAAGUUGCAGGAGCUGGACGACAAACUCGUGGAGCUGUCGCCCACGCGCUGGAGGAGCGGAGAGGGGAGCGGCUAUGUCCUCGUCGGGAUGGAGAGGCCCUCGGAGCUUUCACCCAGAGAGAUCUCACCCAGGCCUGGCACGCUCAGCGUCUCCCAGGUGUACGCCACGCCCACACUGCCAUCUGCCUUUGGGAUGGAUCUCAACCAGGACUCGGGCGAGGUCUCUCGGCCUCGAAGGCGGCCGUCGCCGGUGGAGGUGGCGCCUCCCGUGCGCAUGGCCCUCUCCGCCGAGCCGACGCCCGCGGUGAGCUUACCGACCACCUCUUCACAGCCAGGCUCUGUGAACCUUCCCCUGCCCGUCACCAGUCUUCAAACCGUGACGCGGCCCAGUGGUACCGUGAACUUGUCAGCCUCCUACCGCAGCGUUGCACCGAGCGUGGCGCCCACCGCCUUGGGCCCGAUAGUGCAACCGAUGCGCUCCAUGGAGGUGCUCCCCGCCGCCCAAAUGGCGGCCAAUGCCAUGGCCGCCAGUGGCUCCUCCUGGGGCGCGCCCAACUGGCUGGAUGCAAGACCAGCGGCGUUCCGAUCUACUCAAACCAGGCUGGUAGGGCCACUGGCAGGGAAAGGUGGGAAGGAGUGUGUGGAGGAAAGGCAGGCCGCGCGGGAUGCCGUGCGGGGAAAUUGGUUCGCAUCCACCAGAGGGGUAGCUCAUGACGACCAGCUCAUGGCGGCCAACACGCGGCUCAUCCGCUACUUGGCCGUGCUGGGACUGGAACCACUGGAGCCGGAGGCGCUUGAGGCUGCGUUGAAGUCGGAGGAAGGCCUCAAAGCAGUGACCUUGGAGCGAUUCCCACAGGAGGACGAUGAUGUGCCGCUGAGCCCAGUGCUGAGCCCCCUGCCCGAUUUUUGUUUUAAGGAUGGGCUUCGCCUGGAAGAGCACAAGCCCAGCCCGAGCCCGUCCUUCACCUCCGUGGUCUUCACUUCUUCUUCCGGGGGUCGAUUGCAUGUGGCUUGUCUGAUGGUACAUGAGCGGAUGGAGCGCAGCGGAGGAGGAUACGUCUACGCGCCGAAGGCCUUGUGCUUGGUGUCUCUUUUCCCAUGUCUGGAGCUGCUGCGGAGCUUGCUGUCGGACUUGGUCUUGGCCGCACGAGCGGAUCAAGAGAUGCAGCGGUUCACCGGGGAGCCAUGCGACCCCUCCGAACGACUGGUCUUCCGUCUGGUGAGCCAGAUCUUCUACGAGUUGCCACUGCCACCGAACCGGCACACCAUGGUCACCUUGACCGCAGGCCUGAAGGAGGUGACGAUCCUCGACCAGGAGGGCUUCUCGUCCAAAACUCCUGGGACCGGAGGCUUUACCAGGGACUUCUCCUUCCGACCACUGGUGGCCUUCCUCUCAGUCAACAGUUCCAUCUCCCACACUGCCACCAUGCGAAUACUCACUGUUGAAGAGACGAAGCAUGGUGGUCUUGAGCUCACAACAACUCAGCCCUGCACUGCUGGCCGGGCCGCCGUGGACGCCGCGGACCGGAUGGGGAGACGGAAGGAGCGAGAAGAAGACGGACCGGACCCGGCGGUGAUCUUGGAAGCCCUGCGCGCGCUGCUCUUCCCCUUGGAAUGGGUCUCUUGGCGCGGUUUGAGCCUCCGCCCCACGUCGGUGAAGACUCAGGACGAGCACGUCUAUCUGCCGAUCCUACCUCCGAGCUUCCGCUGGGCAUUGGAAAGCCCUGCGCCCUUCCUGAUGGGCAUGGCUGGCAAGGCGCCGCUGGCCAGCGAGCUGGCAGAGGAUGCAGGGCACUCAGAUGCAACCUCCGGAUUUUCUCCUGCCCCAGGAAUGGGGAGGUGUAAGAUGGUGUAA